UUAUCGCUGAAACAUGAACAUAGGAUUGGGAUUGGAAUCAUCAUUGAUUUUCCUGACAUUUUUCAGAAAUGACAUCAAUUGAAUAAUGUAAAUUUUGCAUACAAGUAAGAGGUGUCAAUAUCGUCACAAUGAGUCGUAUACAGAGACUGAACGAUUGGUGUAUGGAUGUCAUAGACACGAUACAACCGUACCUCGUCGAAGUUGCAUAUUUCACGUUUUUUCUCUCUCGGCACAUGACUUUGCCAUUGUUCCAAGAAUAUGUCCAGUCCGAGAUAUAUAAACAGCAUGGCUUAAACAACACAGUUGUUGACCACGAAGAAAUCUACUUCCCAUCCGAGGACGAGAAAAAGCCUGGUCCGUACUAUGAGGCCCACAAGGAGAGUAUCAUGGCGGUGCUGGGCUUGCAAAUGGCUGAAGGCCUCCCGUCCGUGGUAACCGUGAUCAUCCUUGGGGCACUCAGUGACAGAUCUGGCAAAAGGAAGAUGUUGCUAUGGGUACCGGCGUUCGGAAGUCUUCUCUACUCCCUCAUCUACAUCCUUAUCCUUUACACGAGUUGGACCAUCGAUGGUCUGUUUAUGGCUUCAGCUUUGCGGGGACUCAGCGGAAGCAUGACUGCUUUUUAUGCUGGUGGUACAUUUUUUGCUAUUAAUUCUGUUGAGCCAGAAAAAAGAGCUUGGCGUUUAGCACUACAGGAAUUUCUUAAUGGUGCAGCUUAUGCGAUUGCAAAUAUUAUGGCUGGAUUCUGGGUGAAAGAUUGGGGAUUUCUUCAACCUUUUUGGUUCACAGUAAUUUGCAGUGCUAUAGCAUUUCUGAUUUCAUUCUUCCUAGUCAAGGAAGUCAAGAUCCCGGAAAGUGUUCAAACCACCAGGAACUACACAAGUGAAAAUUGCUGCAUUGAUACCUUCAAACCUAUGGGGAAAUUUUUCCGAUGUACCAAUCGCAAGAUGGUAAAAGUUUGGCUUGCAAUACUUGCUUUCCAGACCUACGCAAUUGUCCACAUUGGACAAAUAAAUACGUUGGUCCUGUACUUACGUGGACCCCCGUAUGGUUGGCCAACUGCCAGAAUUGGCAUGUUUCUGUCAGUCAUCAUGGCUGUUGCUGCCAUUGGAACUGUGUCUACUCCACCUGUCCUGAAGCUGAUACUGUCAGAUACCAGUAUCACUUUUGCUGGCCUCUUCUCCAAAGCCAUCGGAACUCUAUGGAUAGCUGUUGUUAAAAAUGAAACAGUCCUCUACUUUUCAAUUCUACUGUUGGUAUUGGAGUUACUUCCCUUCCCUAUGUUGAGGUCCAUAGUGGCUAAUGGAAUCGAGACUCCAGAUCAAGGUUCCUUGUUUGCAUUGAUGCACUGUGGGGAAAGCAUAUCCUACUUCCUGGCGCCCCUCAUGUUCCAGGCCAUGUAUGCUGGAACUCUCCACUACUUCGCAGGAUUUGUGUUUGUCAUCUCUGUCUUGUUCCUCAUUCUUCCUGUGGCAUUUACCAUAGGAAUACGAUUCUUGGACUUGAACCAGCCAUCAGAGUAUGAACCCAUGGAUGGCGACACAGAAUUGACAGGAGGAGGAGACCAGACCUUGGAAUCAGAACAACAACCAGCACUUCAAGAAUCCAUACAACAAAACGAGCAACAGCCGAUCAGCAUUAUCAGUGCAACAGAGCAGAGAGUAUAAAUGGGGCACAAUCAGCUUAAGUGAUAUUACAUUCUCAAAUACUGUUGUAGUUUUUUUUUAUUUCGAAAUUGGUGUCAUUAUAUGAAAUUUCUUAAAAGUGUUGUAAAAGCUAUAAACCUGCCAAAAGCUUCCGUCUUUCAUCACAAAAUAGCUAUUAUUAGUACUGAAGUUUUGACUUAACAGGUUGUUCCAUUGAAAAAUAACUUAAAUAAACUUUGAUAUAUACAUAACUGUAUAAUAACUAAAGUGUUGAUUAUCAAAAAUGCCAAUGAUCAAAUGAGGCAUUCAAGGUAAUUUCUUUUUGUUGUGUGUUUAAGUUGGUUGAAGAAUUUAUGAGGAGUAGUUUCUGUAACGCCUAUUAUUAGUUUCUCGCCGUUUCCUUGCACUGACUAGUGCAAAAACAUGAAUACUUUAAUCAAAAUCCGUUGUUUUUUAAGCAUUGGGUGUAUCAAUGAAGAUACAUUAUCAGUCAUGAUUUAUAGCUCUUACUUCAAUGUUGGCCAUAAGUACAGCCUCUUUACUAACAUAUAAAGUACAUGAUGUAUAGUAUAAUGUACAAAUGAUUUUAUAAUGUGGCCUGGUGUCUGUUUUAACCAUUAAAGACUCUUUAAGUAUAUUUAGACCAAUUUUAGUCUAGGACAUAUUUCUAAACAGUGUCUGCUGUGGCAGAGGUAUGGGUCUAAAAAAGGUGAAUCACCUCAUCUCUUAACCAAUUUGAUCUGAAGAAUCUUUGGCAGAAUAGGAUUGGAUGUAAUAUAAUCAAAAUGUCUGUUUCUGUCCAUUUAUAUAGACCGGGCUAUAUUAACGGAAGUAUUUAGCUAAUCAAGCUGGACACUGGACUGUCCAAUAAAGUCAGUGAGAGUAGAAAUGAACAUAUGGAAGCAAAAAUUAUCAAUGUGUAGAUUGAUAAGCUUUCCAAUGACCACAUUUUAAAGUUUGGUUUUGCUAUGAAAUGUUUCAUAACAUAAAGGUGUUGUCUCCCUUGGUAAUGAGAUGCGGAAUCUAAAAUAGGGAAAAAUUGUAAUAAUGGUAUAAAUAAGAAUGUUGAAAUAAUUGGAUCAGUGAUGCAGGCCUUGUUAACCUCUUGGUUUGUUAAGUGGAUACUGCACUUGGACAAGAAGUGAACAGUGAUAUACUGGUGAUCAGGUGGAUAAUUUUAUUGUGCAAUCUUGUUAAGUUUUAUCAGAUUGUGUAUUUAUUCCAUAUUCAGACAGGUUCCUCUGUAUAAACUAGUACCAUUGUUUUUGUUGACCUCAUGCCUAGCAUGUCUUUGUUACAUCCUUAUCAAUUUUUAUUGUUAUCACAAUUUAAGACUUUAUGCUCUCCAGUUAUGAAUAUCUAGGUCAUGAUCCUAUUAAUGAUUUACCCUAAACAUAUUACAUAAUCAAAAUUUAAUCAUAUUGGUGAGGUUGAUAGCCGUGUAGUCUGUAUACAUGAAAUGCUAGUGUUUGUUGUGGUACUAUUAUAUGUAUACCUGGUACUCCUGUAAUGUAUACUGAUAAAUGUUGUCGACUUGAUUAUAACUAUAUAUCAUGAAUUUACAAAAAAAAAAAAAGAUCUGUACUAUAGCCUGUUUACCUGUUGCAGCACUGUCAUUGAUGACGUCGGCAUAUUUGCUAGAAUUCUAUAAAUUAUAUUCACUUUAACAAGGAAGUCUGGUACAAGUAAAAUUUUAAGAAACUGCUUAGUAGAUCAGAAUUGGCUGAUUAACUGAUUGGAUUUGUAGCAGAAUUAACUUUGCCUAAUGAAACUCAAGUCACUGUGUUGAUGUCAAAAGGAAAAAAAUAUAUACUAAUGUCAUAGUUUGAAUGAGCAACCCACAGGCAGUAUUACUGACCCACAGAAGACGAAGGGUUUUAGAAUUGGGCAUAUAUGGUAUUAUUGUACGAAGGCACGCGAAAAAAAAAACGAAAGAUUUUUUCUCUGAUCUGAACUUCUAAACAAGGUAUGUUCACACUGUAGUAUUGGAAUCAGUGAAGUAAGGGGUAUACAUGUACUUUAUUUUGAUGAAUCAAAACCAAAAAUCAUGAUAAAAAUCAGGUAUUACUCAAGAUUAAGUUUAAUAUCUGACAAGUUGAGGGUUGUGUUUGUGAUUUGCCUGUGAUAUUUAUUGAGAUAAGGGCUGGUCCCUUGGUGGUAACAGUCACUUAGACUUGGAGUAUACAUAUAUCCCUCUGGGCCUUAUAGCCCCGAGUCUACAAGUCUAGCCAAAACCACCAGAAGAGAGUGAAUCUUUAUGUAGAUGAGGUAUAUAAGAAUAGAGAUCUGGUUUAAUGAUGUUUUCUGUGAAGAUGAGAGUUUCGUUGUUGAACACACUAAAGCUUGGAGUGUCGCAACACUUUUUGUAGAUGUAAUUUUAAGAGGUAGAAGUCAUUUUGUGUUGAAUUGAUCUGAUAUGAUUUGUUUUGUAAACAUAGCAGUAUAUUGUCAACUUGUACCAUUGUUGGUACGCGUGUACUCCUGGUUCGUAUAACUUGUAUAUUAAGUGUGUUGUACAAACAGGUGCUAUAGAGCAUGUGUUCUAUUAUUGGUACGCAUGUAUUCCUGUUUUGUAUAACUUGUAUAUUGAGUGUGUUGUUUUAUUAUUGGUACGCGUGUACUCCUGUUUUGUAUAACUUGUAUAUUAAGUGUGUUGUACUAACAGGUGCUAUAGAGCAUGUGUUCUAUUGUUUAUAUUUUACAUUGAAUAUUGUAUGUAACUUUUCAUUCUUUAUAGAAAAGGAUAUUUCCUGAUUUUAAGAAAAUGUUACAAAGUCGCAAAAGAAAUGACUGUUCAAAGUGAUUUUAUUAUACAUGUUAUUUUAUUGCAACUAAAAGCAAACAACAAGGUUGAUUUUGCUCAGUAUCUAUUGAGACACACACAGACUCGGUGUUUAAAGGGAUCUAUAUGAUAGUUACCGGUAUAUUACUGAGUUACUGUGUUAGUAGAAGCCUUGCCCAAAAAAUAUGUGGUCCUGGGAAUCUUUAGUUUGUAUAGGCAAUAUAACCUUUUAUUACUCUUAUACAUUUACCUAAUGUCUUCACCAUACUGUGUUUCAAACUAUACAGUAUAACUAUAUUAUAGUAUACACAUUAUAUUGAACUGGGUAAGGGUACAUUAACUAUAGAUAUUAUCUUUAUUAUAAUUAUGUUUACAUAUCAUUAGGUUUUAAUUUUGUUUGUGUUUGUCGCCCAAAAUUGUUUUGCUUUAAUUUUUUUGUAAUUGUUAAAGAUGUUUUAUUUCACUUCAUUUUGUGAUAUUUAAAAGUGUCUGUGGUUGCUCAUUUAGUCAUGUUUUUAUUUGUUCUUAAUGUUUUAAUUGAUGGUGAAAGUUUACUUGAUGUCAUAGUAAAUAAACACUUGUCCAUUUUGUGUUUUACAAUAUCUCCUUCCUGUUGUACACUUCUUCUCAUACUGUUGCAUGCUGGGAUUUUGUGCCCAUCCUUUACACUUUCUGUGUAUGACGGUUCACAGUUGUUUCAUGCCUCAUCAGCCAACAGUCAAAACUGUUUUCUCAAGGUGUUCGUACCGACCAGGUGAACUGUUUCCCUUGAUCUUCUGUUUUGUUAUCUGACAAAUGAUGUGAAUGAAUGUCAUCAGUAUGCUUGUUAUUACGUACUAGGUUUAUCAGUAGUAUUCAUGGUAAAUCAUGUUUUGUAAUUAAUCUACGGGAAAACAGUCAUUUGGUUAAUGUCUAUUAUAUUUUAAGUCGGAUAAGAAUUUCUGUUGUUUGUGACUACUGUAAUGUAAUUGAAGAAUCAAAUGUUUUCGAUAUUGUCGGUGAACUGUGUAUAGUAUAUACAUGCUACAUAACAUUUCAAUCAUAUGCAUCUAAGAUGAGAUUUUUUUUUGUGGCUGGAUCUCAUACGGUUUCACUUUUUUUUAUGGUUUUCAACUUCAACUUUGUUUUACUUUGACCUUUAAGAACCUUACAUUAGUUAUUUAGAGUGUGUUUAAGGUAUCUUUGAUACAGAAUCUGUUUGUUAUCUUUCUGUUCUAUUGGGGAGAUAUUUUAUUAUAAAAGAUUGGAGUCAGACAUUUGUUGAUCACAAACAACAUCUUUAAUGUUACAACAUGUGCUAUACCUAUUCAUUGAUGGUUUGUAUACACAUAGCUUUAAAACAGUGCUCUGUAAGAAAGUUGAUUUUUUUCUACCAUGAUAGUUUAUAUUGUACCAAAACAAGCAUCCUGGUCCUUUGUUCCCAACAUGUUUUUUUAAUGGCAUACACUGCCUCAUCAUACCAAAAUGUCUGAUAUUUAAUGAUUAACAUUUAUGGUUAUUUACGUAAUGUGAUUGUUUAUUGAUGCAUAAUAGUUUUAUUACUUUUGUUCGUCAUAUAAAGUAUAUAUUCUACCAAGACUCCUGUGUUAUUUUAGCAAUAUAUUCAUAGUUUAAGCCAAAUUUUAUUAAUUACUUCAGAUCUUAUACUAAGUUGAUCCCAGUUCUUCGUUUGUAAACUUCAAUGUUAACACUGUUUAUUUAGUUUUCAAAUUUAGACAUUCCACAAUUUUAUUCAUUUUUCUAUCAAAUUGGGUUUAUUUUUAUCUACAUUGAUGUAUGUUUCUACACAAUUAAAAUUCUUUUAUUCAGGCCCAAAGAAAUUGACUUUCUUUAAAAACCAGAAUAUACAAAACUAAGAUUCCUGGUUAUAUAUGUGUGUAUUAAAAGAGUGGUUAACAGUUGCUCAACUAAUUUUAUAACAAUAAUAGAGUUUUACCUACCUAACAUGGAUAUGUGUGUAAAAGGCUCAAUAUUGAUGAAGCCUUGUUAAGAAUAUACAGUAUUAUGUUACUGUAUUUGACCUAAUCAGCACACCUGCCCCUAAAAAAAACACCCCACCUCUUUUCAUGUAAGGAGGAUUGGUAUGCUAAUUGAGACAUAUUAAAAUUUCCUUACCUGACUGAUUUGUCAAUAUAUAUAACCUUCAGUCUUUAAACCAAAUAUUAUUUUCACUAUAUGAAGAAAUUAACAUUUCUCUAGAUUUCACAUGAAAAUUUUCCCUAUUCAUGGUUUUAUUAAGUGCAUGAGCAGAAAUCAAAAUCCUGCUCGAAUACUAUUUCAUACAAGGUCCCAUUAAUAUUUCACUGAAACUGAAGUUGUUUUCUACUUCUUCAGAUUUUUAUCAUGCAUUUAUAGAAAUGGAACGAUUUUGCAAGCUGUAGUUUUUAAAAAAUUUAUACGACAGCAUUUUCUUUAUAAUUUAAGUCUUGAUAUUUCACACAAAAUCAAAUAACCUAUCCAAAUGUUGCUGAACAAGGAUAAGAUUUGUUCCUUCGUACGGAAACUGUAUCAUAUGUUUAAUUUGGUAGAAGCAGUUUGUCUUUCUGGCAUUAUGUGGAUCUUGUUCAUAUUUAAGAAUAUUUUUACUUUUUUUUAUAUACAUUGUAUAUCUACUGUAAGUCUGACAUAAUUUAAUAAACAUUGUCCACUCAUUUUUAUAUCUUAGAUAAUUACUGUAACUCACACAUAUAUGUUACUAUGUACAUUAUUAUGUAUAUUGUGUAGUGUUGUGAGGUGCAAGUGUACCCAUUGUGUGUCCUGGUAUUGUAAACUUUGUAGAACAUAUUUAUUGAUCUGUUGAUCCUUACUGGUCACAUGAGCACAUUGCUGAUAUUAAUAUUGUAUGUGAAGUAUUUCAUGUUAUUGCAAGUUUGAUUUAAUCAUGUCCAAAAUUAAAACCUAUUGCAAUAGCAAAAAAUUAUGGCUAGGGAUAUAGUAGUGUUUUUGAUGAUAAGAGAUUCUUGUCGCUAAAUCGCAUCCCUGUAAUGCUAUUCUCUCCUAAAAAAAACACUUGUGUCCCCACCACAUCUCUUCUCAAUAAUGUUUUUCUCUCCUAAAAACUCAUCCCCUCUACAUCUCAUCCCAAUAAUGCUAUUCUCCACUAUAAAACUCAACAUCUCGUCCCUAUAAUGCUAUUCUCUACUAUAAAACUCAACAUCUCGUCCCUAUAAUGCUAUUCUCCACUAUAAAACACUUGUCCCCAUCACAUUUCGUUCCAGUGAUUUUCUCUCCUAUAAACUCGUCCCCUCUACAUCUCAUUCCUGUAUUGCUAUUCUCUCUUAUAAAACUCGUUCCCUCUACAUCUCGUCUCUGUUAUGCUAUUCUCUCUUAUAAAACUCUUGUUCCCUCUACAUCUCGUCCCUAUAAUGCUAUACUCUCUUAUAAAACUCUUGUCCCCUCUACAUCUCGUCCCUAUAAUGCUAUUCUCUCUUAUAAAACUCUUGUCCCUUCUACAUCUCGUCCCCGUCAUGCUUUUCUCUCUUAUAAAACUCUUGUCCCUUCUACAUCUCGUCCCUAUAAUGCUUUUCUCUCUUAUAAAACUCUUGUCCCUUCUACAUCUCGUCCCUAUAAUGCUUUUCUCUCUUAUAAAACUCUUGUCCCUUCUACAUCUCGUCCCUAUAAUGCUUUUCUCUCCUAUAAAACUCUUGUCCCUUCUACAUCUCGUCCCUAUAAUGCUUUUCUCUCUUAUAAAACUCUUGUCCCUUCUACAUCUCGUCCCUAUAAUGCUUUUCUCUCCUAUAAAACUCUUGUCCCUUCUACAUCUCGUCCCUAUAAUGCUAUUCUCUCUUAUAAAACUCUUGUCCCCUCUACAUCUCGUCCCUAUAAUGCUUUUCUCUCCUAUAAAACUCUUGUCCCCUUUACAUCUCGUCCCUAUAAUGUUAUUCUCUUAUAAAACUCUUGUCCCUUCUACAUCUCGUCCCUAUAAUGCUAUUCUCUCUUGUAAAACUCUUGUCCCUUCUACAUCUCGUCCCUAUAAUGCUAUUCUCUCUUAUAAAACUCUUGUCCCCUCUACAUCUCGUCCCUAUAAUGCUAUUCUCUCUUAUAAAACUCUUGUCCCUUCUACAUCUCGUCCCCGUCAUGCUUUUCUCUCUUAUAAAACUCUUGUCCCUUCUACAUCUCGUCCCUAUAAUGUUAUUCUCUCUUGUAAAACUCUUGUCCCCUUUACAUCUCGUCCCUUUAAUGCUAUUCUCUUCUAUAAAAAGCUUGUCCACGCUACAUCGUAUCCCUAUAAUGUUAUUUGUCCCUUACAUGCUAUUAUUUCUUGAAACCAUAUUACCAGAGACAUAUAUAUGUCUCUUAUAUUACGAACUUUUUGCCGCUGAAUUUUGCUAUGGUGGUCUCGCCUAUAACAGGCUGUUUUUUAAGUCACCUGAAACGGAAAUCGUCGGUGACCUAUCUCAAUCGCCUUUUGUCCAACCCAGUCGUCCGCUAAUAUUUAUGACUUCUCCAAAAAACCUUAGAUAAUUUCAGUGAAAUUUUGCAGAAACCUUCCAUGAUCAAUCAAAAUUGUGAAUUAUAUGGUCCCCACCCCCAGGGGCCUGAGAGGCGGGGCAAAAAGUGGUCAAAUUGGCUGAAAAUUCAAAUACAUGUAUAGGAUACAUGUGUGGUAGAAUCAAGAACUCUCCAUAAUUGGAAUGUUCUUAAAGUGCUCUAAUUACCUUUGUUUGGGACUCGGACAUUUUACUUAGUUUUAUAUUAGGAAAUCACGUUUUCGAACUUCAUUUGUUUAAAAUAAUGGCAGUUUGAUGGUAUGCUCAUUUUGAUCCUCACUUGCCUUCCGACACGGGUGGGGGUAAUAUAGCAGAACUCAGGUGACCGUUAUGGCUCGUGGGCCUCACUAAGGAAUCCUAUCAUGUACUUAAACAUGAACAUGUUGAUACAUGUUUCAAAGAACUAUGAAUUUAAAAAUUUAAUUACUAUUCGUUUAGUUAAUAAUAAGUCCCAUUUCAAAUUUGGAGAGAAAGACAAAACCAUGCCAAAGAAUUCGAUAUAGACUACGAUACUAAAGAGUCUGCUGUAGAUGAUCCAUAAAUGUUUGGCAAAACUGUAUUGCAAAAAAGAGUUGCUACUGCUUUAGUCAAUAACAGUCCCAUUUCAGAUUUUGAGAAAAAUCCAUGACCAUACUGGAUAAUUUGAGAUAUAAAAUAAAAGAGCCUGCUGUAGGUGAUGAGAUAUCCUGAGUAGCUAUACUUGUCCACGGUUCAGCAUUUGUGUAUGCGACAUCGAACUAUGUGAUAGCUUGCAAUUGUUAUAAUUAAAUAUAUCCUGCUA